ACUCACCAAUCAUCUCUCGCUCAGAGCCCACAACUCAUCCCAUCCAUCACCACCAGUUACUAAUUACAUAUAUAUACAUACAUACAUACAUACAUUGGCCAUAGCUGUAGAGCAGGUAGCUUGUAUCUAGGAGUUCAUUGGAUUGGAUCCAUGGCGGCUCUGAGGAGUUACAAUAAUGCUUAUAAUGCCAAUGCAGCUGCUGCUGUUCUUCUGGUUGCGUUGUUGGCGUGUUCAUUUGUAGCCCAAUUUGACACUGCUUGCGCUAGGGAUCUCGUUCAGAAGGAUAAUCUUGGAUUUGGCGGAGGAUUGGGAGGCGGAGGCGGCGCCGGUGGAGGCUUUGGCGGUGGUAAGGGCGGAGGAUUUGGUGGAGGACUCGGAGGCGGACAUGGGGGCGGUGCUGGUGGUGGAUUCGGUGGCGGAGGUGGUGCUGGCGGAGGAUUUGGAGGCGGAGGCGGUGCUGGAGGUGGAUUCGGGGGAGGACAUGGGGGCGGUGCUGGUGGAGGAUUCGGUGGCGGACAUGGAGGCGGUGCCGGUGGGGGAUUCGGGGGAGGAGCUGGAGGUGGUGCCGGCGGAGGAUUCGGGGGAGGAUCCGGGGGUGGCGCUGGAGGAGGAUUCGGCGGCGGACAUGGAGGCGGUGCUGGUGGAGGGUUUGGGGGCGGAGCUGGAGGUGGUGCCGGCGGCGGAUUUGGAGGCGGUAAGGGUGGUGGAUUUGGCGGGGGCAAGGGCGGAGGAUUUGGCGGAGGUGCCGGUGGUGGAUUCGGUGGCGGCAAGGGCGGAGGGUUUGGCGGUGGGGGUGGAAAGGGUGGAGGAAUUGGCGGAGGUGCCGGCGGAGGCGGCGGAUUUGGAGGAGGCGCCGGCGGGGGAUUCGGUGGUGGCAAGGGCGGAGGAUUUGGAGGCGGCAAAGGUGGAGGGUUCGGUGGGGGCCACUAAUCGGAUCGGAACUCAAUCCGAUCGUACGGCGGCCGUACGCAUGCUACUUCAGCUUGUUCUUCUUGAUCACAUCCAUCCAUCCAUCCGUAUACCAACACUAGAGAAAUAAAUAAAAUAUAAAAUGAUAAUGAUCAUUAAUUAAUUAAGGAAAAUGGAAGUAAUUAAGAUUAAGGAGGACAUGUCGUGCAUGUUAUCAGAGAAUUAAUUAAUUUAUAAUAUAAUAUAAUAUAAUAUAAUUAAUGCAAGGAAGCUAAUUAAGUGUGCGUGCAUGCAUAAUGAUAUAUGUUCGCGUACAUCCGCUUUCUUUCUUGUACUCUGUUUUGUACGUGUAACCGGCCUGCCCUGUAAUUUGGGUUUUCCUGCUA